AUGUCUUCUACGACAACAUCUGCUAGUCAAAGCCAAUCACCAACGACAACGACAAACACCUUCUCGGUGUCAUCAACUUUUGUCGACCCACUACCCUCAACUUCAACAACUUCAGAUGACGGUCGCGGUCGUGGCGGGAAUACACAAGGUUCAGGUGCAACCUUCGGGAAUACGAGUGCAUCGUUGUAUUUAUACACAUUCUUAGCAACUCUCGUCCUUCUGCUAGGCGUUUCAGCCGCCAUCAUCUUGCGUUCCCUCCUCCUUCGCCGACGCCAUCGAAGGAUGGUCGAAGAAGCCAUUCGAAACGGUACUUGGAUACCUCCUACAAAUUCACCGCGAGGUGGGGUAAAGGUCGAUUUGAGUCAGAAACCCAAGAUGUGGGAGGCUAUAUUAGGUGGAGGGGGAUACAUUGACGCAAAAAUACUCGACAUGCAUCCGCUUGAAAAGACAAAAGACCCCCUCGAGUGGUCUGCACUUAAGCCAAUUUCACUUCAAGUACUCCCACUCCCACAAACUCAGAUGAACAAUGAUGCCGACACGAAUGCAGAAGUCAUCAAUGACAACAAUAACGUUAAUAACACGGAGACAAGUAUAUCUAGUCGGAUAUCCCAAUUUCUAGGCUGGCGGUCGCGACCAACGACUACCGUUGUCAACCCUGUUCCCGCACGGACGCGGACUGCACAAGAUCCUUCUUCGGACCCAACUACUUCCCCUUCGUCUCCUCAAACGACUCCAUUACUACUAAUACCUCCAACACAGGUUCGUCUCUCGAUCCUGGUAGCCAUGCCCUCUCAUCAUCCUGUAAUUCCGCCUCUCAAACCUGGUGAGGCAGUGGAUGGAGAGAAUUUGCCAUGUUUAGAGAUGGGGAGUGUUGAUUUGUCGAUCGGUGGAGAGAGCGGAUCGACUUCCACUGUAGCAGGAGAGAUAGGUGGGUGUGGCAGUAGUACAAGUAGUGGAGAAACACAGAGAUGA